AUGUCGAUCCCAAUACUCACGAUUCCAGAAGGAGCGUACGAUUUGAGUGCGUACACUUCAACACCCACAAGAUACGGCCAACGACAAUCGAGAUUGUUGAAAUAUUUGAUCAAUUUAACCAAAGGAUCUUCAGUCACCAUUACUUUGGUUUAUCUACUUGCCAUUUUUCUAAUAAAGCCGUUGCUAGAAACCAAGACUGAACGCCAUUACGAUUACUUGGAAUUUUACAGAGGCAAACUAAGAGAUCUUUACAUUAGCUUAAUUGGAAGAGUCAGCUAUAUACCCAUAGUGGCCAUCAAUAGAAAUGGGAAAUUACAUUCGGACGCUUGCGUACAAACUGAUGAAGCUGAAAAUCAACCAGACAGUUUAAAUCAGGGGACUUUGGUUAAAAAAAUGGGUAAAUUGAGUAAAGUGUUGAGAGAAUGUGAAUCUUUCAAUAUCGAUGAACUUCCACAUUAUAAAACUACUAGUUAUUCGGUCAAAGAUUUCCAAAAUAAUAUCGAUAUGGUUUACUUCAACAGCAACGAGAUAUUUUCAGUUGACGUUAACCAUGAAAACGGAUUGAAAAAGAAAAAUUUGGCAAGCGACAUUAAACACGAAAUCAGACAUAUGAAGGGAUUGUUUAUGAGUGGACAAGUUUAA